AAGGUAUGUAUUAUACAUAACUCAUCACCAUCGAAUCUAACCGGUCUACUUCGUAGCAAUUGCUGCGAAUGCAAAUUUCUGGCCCGCCCUCGAUUUCGCCACAGAAGAGGUUCAUCGUUGUUCUUCAAGUCACCCGCCGGCUCCGGCCAUCUUCAAUUGAAUGCGAGAGCGUGAAUCGGGACAAAGCGAAAAGCAGCUCUUGCACAAUCGUUUUGAUGCGAACAUCCUACUUAUUGCAACGCUUCGGUUUUCACCACACUCACCGUUCUUCUUCUUCUACCUCAUUUCGUUCCCUCUGCACUUCCUCGCCGCCUUCUUUAUUUGACUCCAAAACACCACAGCAGCAGCAGCAGCAGCAGCAGCAGCAACAGCAACAUCAACCAGAAUGUGACAGUUACCGCAUUCCACUUAUCGGAACUUACUUUCAGUCGCGGAGGCUUUCGUCUCCUUCCAGUUGUUCGAGACGCUCCGUUUUGUUGGGCUUGAUUUCAUUGGACUCUAAUCCCCCUCGUCCUCCUCUUAACCACCAUUACGCUUUCCAUCGCGGUUUUUUCACUAGAGCUAAGCCUGUACAAAGAAUUGAAUUCAAUGAUUAUCAUAGUCAACGAGCAGUUACCACUGCUUUGUGGUGCAAUUUCCUUGUUUUCUCUCUGAAAUUUGGGGUUUGGUUUGCCACAUCAAGUCAUGUCAUGCUGGCAGAAGUUGUGCACUCUGUUGCUGAUUUUGCAAAUCAGGCACUUCUUGCUUAUGGUCUGAGUAGCUCAAGGCGUGCCCCUGAUGCUAUCCAUCCUUACGGAUAUUCUAAGGAAAGGUUUGUUUGGUCAUUGAUAUCUGCUGUUGGGAUCUUUUGUCUUGGUUCUGGUGCUACCAUUGUUAAUGGAAUCCAAAAUUUGUGGACUUCACAGCCUCCUGCCAAUAUACAUUAUGCAGCCUUAGUGAUUGGUGGUUCACUUAUUAUUGAAGGUGCUUCCCUGGUUGUUGCCAUUCAAGCUGUCAAGAAAGGUGCUGCUGCAGAGGGAAUGAAACUGAGAGACUAUGUUUGGCGUGGUCAUGAUCCCACAUCUGUAGCAGUUAUGACAGAGGAUGGUGCUGCAGUCACUGGUCUUAUCAUUGCUGCUGCAUCUCUUGUUGCAGUUAAUACCACUGGGAAUGCAAUUUAUGAUCCCAUCGGUUCCAUUAUAGUUGGUAACUUACUUGGAAUGGUGGCCAUUUUUCUCAUCCAACGUAAUCGGCAUGCUUUGAUCGGCAGAGCAAUGGAUGAAAAUGAUAUGCAGAAAGUUCUCCAAUUCUUGAAGAACGAUCCAGUCGUUGAUGCUUUAUAUGAUUGCAAAAGCGAGGUGAUUGGACCAGGAUUUUAUAGAUUCAAGGCAGAAAUAGAUUUCAAUGGAGUCAUGGUGGUGCAAAAUUAUCUAACUAGGACUGGACGUGAAGAGUGGGCUAGAGAGUUUCGUCAAGCUGCGAAGAGCAAGGAUGAUUCAACUUUGCUCAAAAUUAUGUCGAACUACGGUGAAGAAGUGGUUACUGCUUUAGGAAGUGAAGUUGAUAGGCUAGAGAAAGAGAUUCAGGAGCUCGUUCCGGGCAUUCGGCAUGUCGAUAUUGAGGCUCAUAAUCCUACUGGGCCAACCCCAUGAGUCACAGGGAAGUCUUUCUUUUCUGUUAAUAUCGUUACGAUUUGUCAAUAUUAUGGCUGCCUUUUAAUCGAUCCUGAAAUGAAGGUUUGGCUUGCCAAUGAGGUUUGUGUGUGUGUUAGUCAACGAGUUUCCACUUGAAGUUCAAAACCUUCCCGGUAGGAAACUCGUUAAUAAUGCACUUCAAGUCUAGGGGGUUUAGGUUGACGUACUCUCAUUCCGAACCCUAGUAUGUUCAGCCUAUUCAAAGUUCACUGUAUUUCCCUUACAUUAAAAGAAAUUCAUUGUUGAACUUUUGACAUUCAUUCCAAAUGUUUGUGAAGAUUAUUGCAGGGUUUUUUUUCCUUUUUUCCUAUGAGAUAACUCGUAAAGUUGUUGACACCCCGAGUACAAUUCAAUGUUAUGAAAAUUAGAAUUGAAAA